UCCACACGCCACAGCACAUCGACCGCGCGUAGCACGAGCUGACCUGCACGGCCGAGCCGUAGCGCGCCCGGUGGGCAGUUCCGAGGACAGACAUCCACAACACAUCCCCUCCUCGACCUCGUCUUCUCCUGUGUCCUCCCAUCAUCAUCAUCACGACACCGGGCCACCGCCUCCAGUUGUAGCUCGAUCAUCGUUGGCCCGCCGGGCAGGCUGCUGAUCGACUGUCAAGCUAAGGAUGCUGCACGAGGCGGUGCCCUGCACGUGCGGGCUGCUCUACGGCACCUGCGGCGGCGGCUGCUCGCUGCUGUUCGCGGCGUCGGAGGGGAGCCACCGCAGCCAGUACUACGAGCGCUGCGGCGGCGGCGGGAAGGAGGCCGGCUUCGGUGCGGCCGGCUCCUACGGGGGCUCGGUGGACUGCACGCUCUCGCUCGGCACGUCGUCCACGCGCCGCGCCGAGGCGGCGGGGGCGCCGCGCGCGCCGCCGGCUCCGUCCGGGGCGCUGCCCUGGCCGGAAGCGCCGCCCGUUCCCAGCUGCAACAGCGGCAGCAGCCACUACGGCGCCGCCGAGGCUAAUAACGCCCGCCGGUGCGCCAACUGCGGCACCACCUCCACCCCGCUCUGGAGGAACGGCCCGCGCGGACCCAAGUCGCUGUGCAACGCGUGCGGGAUCCGGUUCAAGAAGGAGGAGCGGCGCGCGGCGGCCGCCGCCGCGGCCUCGGACGGCGGCGUGGAGUACGCGUCGUACGGGUACGCGCGGCAGCCGCAGCAGUGGGGCUGCUACGGCCCGGCGUCCUUCGGCGUGUUCGGCGACGCGGCCGGCGAGGUGGGCGGGCCGUGCCUGCCGUGGGGCCUCGGGGUCAUGCCGGCGUCGUCGCCGGAGUUCGGGGCCGCCCGGGAGAUGCCGAGCCUGUUCCAGUACUACUAGGUACUUCACCACCAGUAGCUAUCGAAAUGGUAGACUGCGAGUCCGAAGACUCCUUUUCUCUUUCGCCCCUUUUGGUAACAACAAGAUGCUGUACUUGACCAACGACCUAGCGGCAUCAAAAGUCGGGGCACUCCUGCUCAUUUCUUUUUUUCCUCUUUUGCUCGAGCAAAUUUCCAUGCAUGAAUAGUGGCUCUUGUAUGAUUCUGACAUGGGUGGUUCUGUCUCUCCAUGUUUGAAUAUGUCUUGCUGCAUGAUAAUGAUCUGAUGGAGAUCUACUAGUCUGGCGUAGCCUUCAUUCGUUUUGAAACCUACAAUUUUUUUUUUUGAAACCUACAAAUUUGGCAAGAGUGCAGUUCAGCA